AUGGGAUCAUGUUAGAUCUAAAGCUUAGAAUCGGAUACUAUUUCCUUGAAAGACUCUUCAUCGAAUCGCAUUUAUAACAAAUUAUCCAAUAAUGUUAAUCAAAAUGUGUAAUCUCCAAAUGUCGACAAUAAACUUGAAUUAGAUCAAAAAGUUGAAGAUGAAGAAAUCUUGUUAACUGUACAAACUAGAAUCAUUAAAGACAAGAGAUUCUAUAAUUUUCAAGAAGAAGAAUCUCUAAGAAAAAUAUCCAAAAGAGAUGAUAUUGAAUCUCUAAAAAGAGCCUCAAAACAAAAAAGAAGAUUAUUUAGGACUAGUAUUACUCAUAGUCAUUUUGAUGAAAGUAAACAAAAUUCUCCUGUCCUCAACCAAUCUUUAUAAGUAGAAAGGGAUGAUGAUGCCAAAUCAGUGAAAAGCAUAUUAAAAAAAAAUAGCAAACUAAAAGAUAGUGUAAGUGGUUCCCCAGAAACAAGAUCUGUUCGUUUCGCAAGAGGCACUAUCUUUAGAACAAAAAGUCAUCGUUCGCUUUGUCAUUCGAAAAAUAAAAGACAUACUCGACCUGAUCCAAAACUGAAUGAAUCUAUAUACUCUUAAGAGCAUAGAAGUCCUAACUGGAAAAGACAUAGAGAAUAAGAAACAGUGUAAAUCAUUAAAAUUCCAGGUCUAUUUUCGAUGAAUCAAAAUAUAGGAGUUAAUACUAAACUUUUCCCUUAUUAUUGA